AUGGCUCUCUUCCAAAAGUUAGAAAUCACAAUUCCCUUUUCAAAAGCACUGCAACAAAUGUCUUCUUAUGCCAAAUUUAUGAAGGAUUUGUUGACCAAGAAGAGAAAGUACAUUGAAGAAGAAACAAUUGAGGUGCAAGGAAAUUGCAGUGCAAUCAUCCAAAAACUUCUACCACCAAAAUUCAAAGAUCCUGGCAGUUUUACUAUUCCAUGCACAAUUGGAAAACUCUCCAUUAGAAAAGCAUUGAUAGACUUAGGUGCAAGUAUCAAUUUGAUGCCUUUGUCUAUGUUGAAAAAAAUAGGGGACAUGGAAGUAAAACCAACAAGGAUGACACUUCAACUAGCAGACAGGUCUGUCAAGUGCCCAUAUAGAGUUAUUGAAGAUGUUUUAGUGAAAGUUGACAAAUUCACUUUUCCAGUGGAUUUUGUUAUUCUAGAUAUGGAAGAGGAUACUGAAGUCCCCCUUAUACUUGGUAGACCCUUUAUGAAGACUGCUAGGGUGAUAGUUGAUGUUGAUGAUGACCAUCUUAAGGUGAGGUUGCAUGAUUAG